CAUCUGUAUAAAAUGGAAGGAGGCACUUUCAAUCUGAUGAAAACAGAAUCCAUUCCCAGCUGCCUGCUUCAGCCCAUCCGGGCGGUCCCCAAGUGCGUCAACUCAAAGGAGAUCCUAAGCAGUUUGGCGCGGAAUCCGCGAAAGAGCCGCCUAUAUCCUCCCCAUGGCGGUCACAUGCGGUCCGUUGUGGGAACCUUCUACAAGAUCACGGACCAAAUCGGUGAAAUUGCGAUAGGCACCAAGUUAACCGGCACCGUGCUGCUCGAGAGCCUGCCGGUCUUCUACGUGACCAUCAAUGGACCGGGCUCCAAGCUUUUGAAAUGUCUAGCCAUGGGGCAGGUGCAACUGCAGGAACUGGAGCAGCUGCCCGACUAUGGCGAAAUCUUUGCAUUCUACGACAAGGCCGAGAAUCGCAUCUCUCGCAUCGCCAUUAAUGCCCCCGUUCACCCCAUGGGCUACUGUGCCUAUAUGAUCGACGCUGCCAAAUAUACCAACAUGUCCGGCAUGGAGCGCAUCUUCGCGCUGCCGGAUGAUCUCAAGAAGCUGCCGGCGCUAACGAUCAAAUGCCGCCUGGUCAAUGUGGCCCAGAUGCAUAUAUUUAUUACCCAAAAUGUUAGACUGCGCGUCCUCGGCAGUAAUGGCCUUGAACUGUUGGUGGCCCUGAUCAGGAAUAGGACCAACAUUCGGAAGAUUCCAUCCGCACAACUACCACCAAUUUCGGGCGAUGAGUACGGAAAUAUGGAUGCAAACGAUCGGGAAGUGGCCAAAUCUUUUGCACGAUAUAGACCCAAGCGUCGCGAACGUGGUAGCAUUGUACGCGUCCAUGUCACCAGGAUCGUUAGCCAUGCCGAAUUCUACGCCCGAUUCGCUGAUGGACCAACAGUGCCCACGUGGAGCAAGAGUGUUAUGAAAAGGGGCACAGGUGAUUUUCGCGUCUGGGACAUCGUUCUGGCCCCAUAUCAGGGGCGAUAUCAUCGCGCCAAAAUCGUUGACAUAUUUCGCUGCCGUUACCGUGUCUACUUUCUGGACUUCGGCAUCACCGAGUAUACAAGCAAGAAAAAUCUAACAUUUUGCUAUGAGCUGGAGAAAGCCCAGCACAAUCUGGCCUUUAGAUUUGAAAUAUUGGGAACACGCCGUCAGUGUCCCAUACCUUACAUAAACAUCCUAGAGGGCAUAAAGCAUCUGGAGCACACAGUACUACGAAGCGAUAUCAAUGUUCGCAUCCAUAACAUUUUGAAAGACGGUGGAUAUGUGAUUCGUUUAAUGAAACAUAUUCACGAGUGCCAUAUGAUUCACUUGUUUGACGAUUAUUAUUCGAAUUGAUGUAUUUGAAAACAAUAAGAAUGUAUUUCAUAAGACAUUCCAUUUGAAAUGCAUUAAAGACGAACAUUUCUGAGAAACAGCC